AUGUCCAAAAAGUUAAAUAUUAUUGUUUUUGGCGCCACGGGCUACACUGGCAGGCUGACCUGUAAAUACUUGAACCAGUUGAAGCCCAGCACGUGCACUUGGGGGAUUGCAGGGCGCAGCAAGGAAAAGCUGGAUGAACUCGUAAGGGAAUUAAAGAAUGACCAACUGCCAAGCUUCAUUGUGGAUCUCACCAAACCGGAAACUAUCGACGCGAUGUGCAAAGAGACGGUCUGCCUCAUAUCCUGUGCCGGUCCCUUCAUCCGCGUGGGCAUGCCCGUCGUGGAGGCGUGUGUGCGCCAACAAACCCACUACAUCGAUUCCACGGGUGAGUACCCCUUUGUCCGACUGGUAUCCGAGCGCUUCCAUCACGAGGCCAAGGAAAAGGGAAUCGCGCUGGUGUGUUCCUGCGGCUUUGACAGCGUUCCUUCGGACCUCGGGAACUACGUUGUCCACCAAGAAGCCAAAGAAACCCUAAAGGAGGUUCAAUCCUUAUACGAAACAAAGAUUGCAGGGCUCUCGUCGGGUACCAUGCAUAGUAUGCUGGAAGUGUUAUCCUUCGCGAAGGAGGAGGAUUUAUCCCCCUGCAGCUUGAUCCCCGAAGGGGCGGUGCGGCCCACCGCGGCCGAUACGCAAAGUGGAAUGUCGUACAACUCGACAGUGAAAAAAUGGAUGGGUCCAUUCGUUAUGGCCCCAACCAAUGAACGCAUCGUGCGGCGGAGCAACGCCCUUUCAGGGUCUACCGCCAGCUAUUUGGAGUCGAUGGGGGGAAACUUCUUCGAGAUCGCCUCCUUGAACAUUAAAAGCAGGAUCCUCAAACUUGCCAUGGUCAUUCCGUUCACACGAAACCGUAUCAUAAAGCGCUUCCCAGUGGAUGUGGCGCAUGGGCCUAGUGAGGAGAAAAAAAAGACGUCAACGUUUAAAUGUACUUUUGUGGGGAUCACGCAGUCUGGAAAGAAAGUUGUGACUGAGCUCUCGUCAGAUAUUGAUGCAUAUGAUAUUACCGGUGUAUUUCUGUCUGAGUGUGCCCUCUGCGCGUGCAAUAUGGCUAAGAAUAAGCAAAUAAAGGGAGGUGUGCUCACACCUGCCUUCGCUUUCGGGGAGGAACUUGUGAAACGCGCGCCGGAAAUUGGGGUAAAAAUCUCAACGAAAUUUGAAAAUCAAAAAGAAUGA